AUGUCUGAUUAUAAGGAAUUCUUUGAAAUUGCACGUCUUUUUGUGGAUUAUAUGGAAGCCGAUAGCCAUUGUAAUAAACAAAGACGUUUUUUGCAGGAAGGAAGCAAAACUUCUGUGAUAUUUAGUGAUGUUACUCAUUUUUUUGAAAAUUAUUCAAAAAAUUAUUUUUUCGAAAAUACUUCAAAAGAAGACAGAAACAGUUUAGCUUAUUUACUUUUUGCUUGUUUGAGAGAAUUUUUUAUUUCAAUUUUUGACGUUAGUUAUGAUAGAAAUGAUGGGGAUUUACUUAUUCGAUUGAAAAAUGAGCCACUUUUGGAUGAGAUUAUGACAACACUUUUCAUUAAAAAAUACAAUUAUAUUAUUGACCAAAAAUUGCGAGAAGAAUUUGAGAAGGCAAUAACUCCAUUAACUUCGCCAAGUGGUAGUCCUAAGAAUUUGGCUUUAAUGUGUAAUGGAGAUAAAUAUGGAAAGAAGGAAAUUAAUGGACAUUUAAAUAAAACAAAAAUUAUUUCGACUGAUAUUGAAAAACUUUUUGAGCAAUCUGUGCAUUUUCAAUGA